GAAACACGGAAGCGACUUUGACAGAUCCGGAAACGCACCAAUAGUCGUACAGAGCUGCCCUGCCUAUAUCCGCCUGUGAAGUGUUCAUUGUUGGAGGAAGUGAUUUCUGCCCAACAUGAGUUUUCACUACGGACAGGGCUAUCCAAGAGGGGGUCACCCACAACCGGGGCACUCGUACGGAGGCGGCCCUGGUGCCUAUGGCCCUCCCCAGUCAGCUCCAUAUGGAGGUGCAGCAGGUACUUACGGUGGUUAUGGAGCUCCAGCUCAUGGUGCGCAAUAUGGGCAUGCACCAGGGGGUCCUCCAGCUGGACCCUAUGGUGGUUAUGGUGGGCAGCCACAUGGAUCACCUUAUGGGCACCAUGCUCCUGCAGGCAAUGUUCCUCCUGGUGUUAAUCCUGAGGCGUAUCAGUGGUUCCACACGGUUGACACAGACCGCAGCGGUUUCAUCAGCCUCAAGGAGCUGAAACAGGCUCUAGUGAACUCCAACUGGUCUGCCUUCAAUGACGAGACCUGCCUCAUGAUGAUCAACAUGUUUGACAAGACCCGUUCAGGUCGAAUGGACAUGUUUGGUUUCUCUGCAUUGUGGGACUUCAUGCAGCGGUGGAGGGCGUUGUUUCAGCAGUAUGACAGGGACCGUUCUGGGACAAUCACUGGCACAGAGCUCCACCAAGCCCUUGCUCAGAUGGGCUACAACCUGAGUCCCCAGUUUUCAGAAACACUGGUUCAGCGGCUCAGCGUGCGAGGCAUGCGGCCCGGGAUACAGCUGGACCGAUUCAUCCAGGUGUGCACACAACUGCAGAGCAUGACCCAGGCCUUCAGGGAGAAAGACACAAACAUGACGGGCAACAUCCGCAUCAGCUACGAGGAAUUCCUCUGCGGUGCCAUCGCCAGGCUCAUGUGAAUCCUAAUGACCUGUGGCACUGUGUGUAUACAGCAUCAUUCCAUGUUUACAUUCGUAUGUUUUCACAUAAGUGCCCGCACGUGCUGUUGAGUACGUAGUACGACGGCCAGUGCACAUUGUUCCAUAGCAUGUUGCAGUAAAUAGUCAAGGCUUACAAGGCUGUAAUUAAAGAGACUUACUGCAUAGCUUAAAUAUAACCAGGGAUGGAAAUGAUUUUGGGGAUCCUUCACAUGGAUCAACAUCACCACACAUGCCUCAGUAAUAUAUUCAGUAAAACUAACAUUAGUAUUAGUUUAACGGUAUGAACCACAUACCUGUAUGGACUCAGCAUAUUUUUUUAGGACAGAGUGACUCAUUGCAUUGGUGUGGGUCAUGGAAUAACUGUCACAUAUAUCUUUGCACCUGCUGUCUGUACAGUGACUAUGCUAAGCUUCUUUUUUUUUUUCCUUUGGAUCCUACAGUUUUAAAAAUGACCUGUGCCAUUGAAAUAGUUUAUAAUAAUAAUACUAUUGCUUACGAUUCUAACAUUUGUCAUAUGUGUGAGAGAAAUAUAUCACCUUAGGGAACACUGUUGGUUUUACUGUUUUUUAGUUUGUUUUUUAACCAAAUGUAAAAACUAUCACACAGAUCAUUUGAUUUAAAACCACGAUAAUUAAUCUCCAAGUGUUUUAGUGUUUUAGACAUUGCUGCCAAAAAGCAAUUGUAUAAGCAUGUUUACUUGCAGACCCUAUUCCAAUAAUGCUUUUAUUUUCCCAUAGUUUAGUGUUCUACAUUAUGAAAGUGAAUUACAUUCUCCCAUAGCUUUGUAUGAGCUCUGAGCACAUUCCCGUUCUGUUUACUUUUUGCAAAAGAAAAAAAAUUACAUUGAGUACAGAAACUAGUUUCCAACAGAGUAUCUGCUGUGCCUUGAUUCAAUAACAGUUCAUUGUGGGGCCAGUACUUCAAUAUUACACUCCCUUUCGUUGUAUCAAACAUGAUGAAAAUGCUGAAUGUGCCGAAAUGCUUCUUGAUGCCAAAACAAAAUAAAUCAUGAUGAGUAUCACAGAUGAA